AUGAUACAAUAAAAGGAAAUAACUAUUAAAUAAGAUGAGCCUGGUGAUUAAUAAAAAGAGUAAAUGAUUUUUUAAAAGGAAUUAGAUGCUGCAUAAAAUAAGCAAUCUGAAAAUCAAGACUUAUAGAUACCUUAAAUUCAACCAUUUAAAAACAUUUCAUAGAUUAGUGUUAACAAAUAAGAGAGCACUUUAAAAAAGUAAAAGGUAAAAAGUAAUAAAUGGGUUUUAAAAAACCGCAGCUAAGGACAGAAUAAGCAGAAUAAUAUGUCCAACUUUAAUUCUUCAAUUUAAAAAUCUAUGAUUAAAAGUGUUUAGAUUGAAGACCAAGAAAAUCAAAUUAAGGCAAACUCCAGGAAAGCAAGUCUAGGACUAGAAGCAAUACAGAUAGAUGUGAAUAGAGGUUAUCAAAUGAAAUCACUUGAUAACUCUCUCUAAGUGAAUACUCAAAAAAUUAAUAUUUAAAAUUAAAAGCCAGAGAACGGCAGCAAGUAAGAUUUUAUUUUGGAGAACUAAUAAUAAAAUAAUGACUAAGAGAAUAGAAAUUCAGGUCCUAAUACCAAGAAAUAAGGCAAAACAGAAAAUAUACAAAAAAAAUAUGCCGUUAUAGAGAAAGGGAUUGAAUGCAGUCCAGAAAUAGAGACUGAUGAAUAAAUGCUAAAUAAACUUUUAGAAGAAAAUAAAUAUCGCCCCACAAAAGAGUGGAAAGAAUAGUUUGAAAAGGAUAUGUCAGAGUUGCUUUUAGGAAGCGAAGUUUAAGACAAGAGAGCAGUAGGCAGUCUUUUAGGUAUUACUGUAUUUGGUAUUGUAGGAUUUGUAGCUUCUGGGCUAAAUCCUAUAGGUCUUGUUGCAGGUGCUGUUGCAGGCGGAGUUAUUGGAUAGUACGCUGGAAGAAAAAUCAAAAAGAAACUACUACGUACCAAAAAGCUUCUUUAAUUUGAUUUAUUCACACUUAAGCUUAAUUGCUAUAUUAAAUUUGGGUAAGAGCUUAUAAAGCCUUGUAAAUUAGAUAUAAACACAUAUCGCUUUUACAUUGAAAAGGUGGUAGAAGAAAUGAAAGUUGCCAUCCAAUAUCGUCGCUUCAGAUAGAAAUUUCACAAGGACAUUAAAAAAAUUUUAGAAAAAUUCUUAAAGCUCUUAAAGAAAGACUUUUGUUUUAAAGCUAUAUUGCUUAGCUAUAAACUGACUAAAGAGAUAAUUAAAAGAAAAAAAUAUCAAUCAAAUAAUUAACCUGAAUUUACAUUAGCAGAAGAGGAAUAAAUAGUAGAUUGUGUAAUGAAUGUUUUAAUUCCAUGCCUUAACAUCUUAAGUGACAACUAAGAAAAUCUUACACCAAUUCUGAAGACAUUUUAAUUUAAACUUGAAAAACUUUCAAAAGACUAUGUGAUUCUCAGUCUUAUAGAAAAAGGAAAUCAUGUUACUUCAAAUAAAAACAAAACAUUUAAAUAAAUAGAAGAAUUGGAUUAAUAAUUAGAUUAAGAAAUUAAUAUUGAAGCAUUUGAAAGAAUAUUUAACCCUGAGCAUAUUAAGCAAUUCAUUAUCAAAGGGGAAAGUGGUGUUCAUAAUCAACAAAGCCACGGUAAAAACGAUAAUAACAUCUAGAAGCUUGCUGAGAGUGGAAAUAAACAUAAAAAUGUUAUUAACUCAUAAUAAAAAAAGCCUAAGUUAUCUCAAGGAAAGGAUGCUGAUUUAUAUUAGGAGUAGUCAAGUUUAAACUCAAAUUAUUAAAAUAACAACGAUUUAAAUAGAAAUGCUGAAGAUGAGCAGCGUUCUGCAACUUCAAAUUAAACUGAGAAGAAAUAGCAACGUAUCAUAGAUUUGUAUAUUUAAGCAAUUGAACAAAGAAAUAAAAACUAAGUAUCUCAAAAGAAGGAUGAUGAAAACGACAUAGGAGAUGAUGAAAGUGGAAUGUAAUAAAACAUGAUGUUUGGUGAUGAUGUAAACAAAAAAAGAGUCAAUACCAAUAAUAACCCAAGUUAAUAUCCUGCAUUCUCUAAAUAGCAUCUCAGUAAGAUUGCAUAAAAAGAAAAUAUAAUUCUCUCGCCUGGUACCGGAUUUUCUAACUAGCAAGAUGAGCUUUAAGAAAUGGAUCUUAUUAAUUAAAAAUAAAACAGCAUGCUCUAAGAUGUAAAGUUACUUUAAUAAAACAGCUACACUUCUACUAUUAAUUAAGACACCUCAUAGAUAAAAAGAAAAAUAUCAAACAUAUAAAUUUAAUUUAACUAACUUCCUAAGAAAUAGCUUGAUGUAGAUUAAGAAAGCAUAAAAUCAAACAAGCAGGAUGAAAACGUUGCUAAAAAAACUAAUAAUUAAAUGUAAGAUAUUGAAUCGUAAAAUAACCAAGCUUUAAACAGAGAUAAUAUUGAACUUAACAGUAAUGAAGAUUCUCGUUAAAGCAAUUACAAAGAAAAUUAAUAAAAUUUAAAAAGUGGAAACAAUUUCAAUAUUCAUUUUAAUAAGGAAUAAUCUCGUUCAUUUGCUAGGAAUGAUAAUAGAACAUUUUUAAAAAUGAAUUCCGAUGAAAGCAUAUUUUCUAAGAAUAAUCCGUCUCCAAAGUAUGAUAAGUAAAUACAGCUAUAAGGAGAUCAUGAUCAGCCUAUGAAAGAUUCGAUUGUUGGAGAUUAGGUCAUAGAGCUUCCAUAAAAAAUGAGUGUAUAAAGGGGAAGUAUUUUUAAGUAGGCUAAUAAUUAAAACAAUAAUAAUCCUUCAAUUUAAUAAAAGGGAUAACCAAAUUUUAGAUAGAGUAUAGUUUUAUCAAGAGAUGAUAAUUUUAAAGAAGAAGUGGUAGUUGUUAAUAUUCCUGAAAUCUAAAAAGAAGAAAAAAUGUCUCAAUCAACUUCGAAAGAAGAAAAAAAUAAACUUGACCCUUAAACAUAAGAAAAGUUUGAUCGUUUAAUAUCAUUAGUUUAAGAAGACCCUGAAAAAACAUGGGAAUGCGUAAUCAAAAAAGAUGAUAUUAUGUUUAUUUAUAAGAAAAUGAUUCCAGGAAAUCCUUGUGUCCUUGUUCGUGCAGAAAGCUUGAUUAAAGAUUGCAAUGCCGAAGAGGUGUUUGUUUAGAUAUAUAAUGCAGAGUUAAGGAGUUAGUGGGAUAAAGUUACUCAAGGAUUCACUGUUAUUGACAAAUUAUAAGAUGGAGUUGAUAUUAUUUACUUCUUUGUAGAUCCUGGUUUAGGUGUAACAAAAAGAGAUUUCUGUUAAACAAGAGUACUCAAAAAAGAUUACCCUCAGAAAGGCUAAACAACUAUAGUUUUUUAUAGUAUUUAACACCCAAGCUGUCCAGAACGUAAAGGAUAUAUUCGUGCGUUUUCACAUAUAGCUGGAUAUGUUAUUCGUCCUCAAGGAAAAGACACAUCUUUAACAAUUAUGACACAAAGUGAUGUAAAAGGUAUUGUCCCUAAAUAUGUUGUCAAUUAUAUGGCUGCUAGAGCUCCUCCUAAAUGGAUAGAAAGCAUGAAAAAAGGAUGUAUAGAUUACAGAAACAGUUUAUUAGGAAUUACUAAAAAAAAGAAAUGA